UUCUCCUCUUGUUUCCUUUGCUACCCAUUUUUAUCUCUCUCUGCUUCUCCUGCGCAAUCAAAAGAAACCCAGCACACAGCAGCAACCCCCCAGGCCACAUCUCUCUCAGACAGAUUUGGCUUGGUUUCUCUCUUCCUCUUCAAGUCCUCCACUUCGAUCCUUUUCUACUUUCUUUUGUGCUUUUCUAAGGUAUUAGAAAAUGGCCGACGCCGAGGAUAUUCAGCCCCUUGUUUGCGACAAUGGAACUGGAAUGGUGAAGGCUGGGUUUGCUGGUGAUGAUGCUCCCAGGGCAGUGUUCCCUAGUAUUGUUGGAAGACCCCGACACACUGGUGUCAUGGUUGGUAUGGGUCAGAAGGAUGCCUAUGUAGGUGAUGAAGCACAAUCUAAAAGAGGUAUUCUUACCUUGAAAUACCCCAUUGAGCAUGGUAUUGUCAGCAACUGGGAUGAUAUGGAAAAGAUCUGGCAUCACACUUUCUACAAUGAGCUUCGUGUUGCUCCUGAGGAGCAUCCUGUGCUUCUCACUGAGGCUCCUCUCAACCCUAAGGCUAACAGAGAGAAGAUGACUCAGAUCAUGUUUGAGACCUUCAAUGUGCCUGCAAUGUAUGUCGCCAUCCAGGCCGUUCUCUCCUUGUAUGCCAGUGGUCGUACAACUGGUAUUGUGCUUGAUUCUGGUGAUGGUGUGAGUCACACUGUGCCAAUUUAUGAAGGUUAUGCUCUCCCACAUGCCAUCCUACGUUUGGACCUUGCUGGUCGUGAUCUGACCGAUGCUUUGAUGAAGAUUCUUACCGAGAGAGGGUACAUGUUCACCACCACUGCCGAACGGGAAAUUGUCCGUGACAUGAAGGAGAAACUUGCAUAUGUUGCCCUUGACUACGAGCAGGAACUUGAGACUGCCAAGAGCAGCUCCUCAGUUGAGAAGAACUACGAGCUUCCUGAUGGUCAAGUUAUCACCAUUGGAGCUGAGAGAUUCCGUUGCCCAGAAGUACUUUUCCAGCCAUCUCUCAUUGGAAUGGAAGCUGCAGGAAUCCACGAGACUACAUACAACUCUAUCAUGAAGUGUGAUGUGGAUAUCAGGAAGGAUCUUUAUGGUAACAUUGUGCUCAGUGGUGGUUCCACUAUGUUCCCUGGUAUUGCAGACCGUAUGAGCAAGGAGAUCACUGCCCUUGCUCCCAGCAGUAUGAAGAUUAAGGUUGUGGCACCACCAGAAAGAAAGUACAGUGUCUGGAUUGGAGGAUCUAUCCUUGCAUCCCUCAGUACGUUCCAGCAGAUCAGAUGUGGAUUUCCAAGGGCGAGUAUGACGAGUCUGGCCCAUCCAUUGUCCACAGGAAGUGCUUCUAAAGCUCUUCCAAGUGCUUUAAUGGUGAGUUACUUUUUCCAUUUAGUUGGCUUUUUCGUGUCAAGGUGUCAUGUGAACUCAAAUGUGGUCGACCAGGGAGGAGUAUGGAGGUGGGAGUCAGUAAAGGAGGGUUGAUGUACCAAAUAGCCUUCCAUCUCUUGCAAUUCAUGUUGUUAUUGCUGCAAGUGAGAGACUUAAAACUGUAAUGGUUCCUGUGGAUGUGGUGGACAGAUACUUUGGUUGGUAUUCAAGUCUUUACUAUUGUGGUUCAACCAUAUCAUUUUAGUAGGAUGCAUGUAACUGGAGAGUGAUUGUGAUGCUUUUUUCUUUUUUCUUUUUAUUUUUUUUUUCAUUUUAAUUUUUCUUUUCAAGUUUCAAUAUUUGAAGGGCUUUUUUUUUCUUGAAAAACAUUAAUGUUAAUAGUUAUUGUAUGAGAAAGUUUAUCUAGUGUCAGUUUGCGGUCAUAAACCUUAUGAAAAUUAUAUUUAAUACCUUGUUUGAAAGAA